AUGGCGCUUGCGCAGCGCGCCCUUGCCAACGCGCCCGCGUCCUACGCCAGCUCACGGCCCCGCGCGGCAGGUCCGGGACGGGACGCGUUGGGAUGCCUCCGCCUACCUGCGGUGCCCUCGCGGCGCGCUUCGCGCGGGCGGAGGGUGGCAUGCCAGGCAGCCAGCAAUGAAGUCGAUGAGAUGGCCAAGGCGGAGAGGCGGUGGGAAAGCCAGGUGAGAGAAGGCAAGGUGCGCAACGUCACCUGCAAGGGCGCGGGGAAACUGUUGGCGCAGGACGAAGGCUGGGUCCUUUUGGACGUCCGACCGCCAAAAGAAGUCAAGCAGGCCAGCGUGAAAGGAGCAGUGGCCGUGCCGCUAUUUGUACCCGACAAGGAAACGUCACUCCCAAGUUUAAUGAAGCAGAUGUCUGCUUUCGGCAUGGGUGGAUGGUGGUUGGGCACCACGCACAUGGUGCCCAAUGAAGGGUUCAUGUCAGAGGUGCGGGCAAAAAUACCAAAGAACAGCAAGGUCAUUGUCGCAUGUCAGAAGGGGUUGAGGUCGCUUGCAGCAUGCGAACAGAUGGCUCUUGCUGGUUACACCACCCUUGCCUGGAUAAAUGGUGGCUUUGACACAGCCAAGAAAGGAGACCUGCCCAUGGAUGGGGAUAAGGACAUCCGGUAUGCAGGCAUUGGUGGCGUCUCUGCCCUUCUGGGCUGGACAGAGGUGCAGCAGCAGGACAGAGAAGAGGCCGGUGAUCGCCUAGGAAACAUCAUUAAAGUGGCUGGGGCCGUCUUGGUUCUGGACUUGCUUGCCCUGGGCUAUGAGCAGAUCAGCUAUAUGACAGGGGGAAAUUGA